AUGAAAACGAUCUAUCUUAUAACAUUCAUACUUAUUAUAUUUACCAAUAUUGUUUAUUCAAAUUGGAUUCCACGUAAAGAAACCGACGAAAAUACCAAUAUAUGCGAUAGGCUUGAUGAAUACAUUAAUUCACCUUAUUCCAACGAAGAAUUUCUUAAUUAUUCGGACGUAAAAGUUUGCUAUGAAUCAACACCGUACAAUAAAACAAAGGCAAUUCAGGUAAUAGAGACAGUAAAAGAAUAUCUUAAAGGAUUCUAUGCGUUACUAGAUCAAGCAAAAGAAGAACAAAAUCCAGGAUUUGCAUCAAGACCCAUUGAUCUAAUAUCUGAAUUAGAUUUGGUGUUAAAGAAUAAUUAUUCAUAUGAAUUUCAAUUUAUCUACGAUGUUGUAGAUCUUAUUAAAGAAUUGAGAGAUGGACACACUCGGCUGGAAUCUGAUAAUUAUCACAAGUACAAUUUUCAGCACGGACUUUCUAUGUAUUCUGCGAUUAGGAAAGACGGCACGCAGCAAAUUAAAGUUUUUAAUGACAUAAAAGACCCUAGAAACAUCGAUUGUCAAGUUAUAGAUAUAGAUGACAAGCCAGCAAUUGACGUAAUUACUGAAUUUGCUAAAAAUCAUACAAAUUUGUCAAGAGAUUUGAGUGCUCGAUUUAAUUCAGCUCUCGCAACACUUGCUUUUGGAGUUAGAGAAUUUUAUAUUGCAGGACAAUUAUUCACAUCUCGAACCCAAUUACCAAAAAAUCCAAGUAUUUCUUACACUCUUAAUUGUGAUGGUAAAAUUUCUAAAAUUACUCGAGAAUGGCAAGUUCCUAUUAAAUAUGUUCCAUAUGAAUCUCCAUAUAUCAAUGGGACUACAGUAGGAAAUGCAACAUUGAUCUUUGAUGCGUUCAUUGCCAGAUUUUAUGUACUACAAGAUUUCGGCGUGGUCUUAAUCUCAACCGAAGCUAUUUUAAAUGACGAUGACUCAGACAUUGAAAACUUUGAAUAUCGUUUAUUGUCUAAUAUAGCCGUUGGAUUUAAGUUAUUUGCAGACAAAGGAAUAGAAAAGAUUGUUUUUGAUUUAAGCAAUAAUCCUGGUGGCCAAGUUAUUGUUGCGCACUACAUAAAUAAACUCUUAUUUCCAGACAUACAAAAUUUUCCACUGAGCUUUAAGGUUAAUAAUAUUUCUAUUCCACUUAUAAAAGAAACUUCAAAGCUUAAAAAGGAAAUUGGAAAUAUAUUUCAUUAUAAGUCAUUUAUUUCAGUAAAGACAAAUUCUCCAUUUGAUAGCGUUAUAGACUUUAUUGGAAAUAAUACAUAUAUUCGUGGAGGUGAACAGGUUAACUACACUUCAAAAGCAUUUUUUAAUGACACUGCACUUUAUUAUGGAGUUUUAAAACUUCCAAUACCACCAAAACUUCCUUGGACUGAAAAAGAUAUUAUAAUUUUGACAAAUGGAUUAUGUCAAUCAUCAUGUGCUAUUUUUACUCAAAGAUUAGCUGAAAUUAAUGUUCCCACCAUAGCAGUUGGUGGAUUUCCGAAUACUCGAUUUUCUUUUGCUCAAUAUGCUGUUGGACAGGCAAUGGAUAGUUCUAACAUUAACGAUAUACUUAACCAACUUAAAAAUCUUGAUAGUUCCUUAGUUUCUAAAUUAUCACUUCCUUCAAAUUUAACGUUGUAUUUUACUAUAGCUGAAGCCUAUAGCAUUAAAAAUCCAAAUGAGGUUAUGGAUUAUGCUUUUAGACCUGCAGACUAUCAGUUAUAUUAUGAUGAACGGAGUGCUAGGGAUCCGAGUCAUUUAUGGAUGCAGGCUGCAAAAUAUUUCAAAAAGUAA